ACAGCUUUUGCCUCAUGGGGUCACGCCUUUUUUUAACUUCUUUUCUCUUUUUCUUUCCUUGUGAUAGUAUUCGGACUUCUGACCACUAAAUUCUUCUUUCAUCAUUUCGCAACCUAAUCGGAUCUGUCUGGACUUUGCUUCGGAGAUUUUCGCCACGGAAUGAGAUUGACAGCUUCCAUUCUUGGUUCGUUGAAUCGGUAACACAGCCGAGGAUUUUCUUUUUUUUUUUUUUUUUUCUCUCCUUCAAAUUUACAUCUACAUUUUUUAUUUCAAUUGUCGCAAGAAAUAGAAACAACCUUGUCAUCGAAAGGAAGAGGCAUUAGGGCCGUCAGCGAUUGCAUCACAUUUAGGCCCAGCACACCAUCUGCAUCGCGGUUGUUCUCGGCUGUCCGAGCUGAGCUGCUAUAUAGCUGCUAGCCCCAGCUUUUGUUCCUACGCAUAAGCAAAAAGAAGGGAAAAAAAAAGAAGCCACAGCAAAAUGGAGGACCCCGUCGCACAGUCAAGUGUCCAGAAGGGCAUUAUCCCUGACGCAAAGCCCGUUGAUGAGGCGCCGCGUAGGGCUGAUGGUGUUUCGCAGCUUUAUGAGGGAAAUGUCUUUGAAGCUUCACCUGAAGAUCGUCGCCAGAUUGGUGUGAUCAGUGCAUCGUUUUUGAUUUUCAACCGUGUUAUUGGUACGGGUAUCUUUGCGACGCCGAGUACUAUUCUCCAGCUGUCGGGGAGUGUUGGGUUGUCGUUGAUUAUGUGGGUUGUCGGGACGUUGAUUGCCAUGGCUGGAACGGCGGUUUAUCUGGAGUGGGGGACUGCUAUUCCUAAGAACGGUGGUGAAAAAAACUACCUCGAAUACGUCUUCAAGAAGCCCAAGUUCCUUGCUACCGCCAUGUACGCUGCCUAUACCGUCCUGCUGGGUUGGGCCGCCAGCAACAGUGUCGUUUUCGGUGAAUACAUCCUCAACGCCGCCGAUGUCGAGGUUGGUCGCUGGAACCAACGCGGUAUCGGAUUGGCCUGUCUCACCACUGCAUUCCUUGUCCAUUCGUUCGCGGUGAAAUGGGGUCUUCGACUGCAGAACCUGCUCGGUGUCAUUAAGCUGGUUAUCAUCCUGUUCGUCAUUGUCGCUGGUUGGGUCGCGUUGGCUGGACAUAUGCAUAUUGAGAACCCGCCGCAUAAUUUCAGCAAUGCGUUCGAGGGCACGACGAGUAGUGGAUAUGGUAUUGUGAUGGCGUUGUACAACGUUAUCUGGUCAUUUAUUGGAUAUUCGAACGCGAACUAUGCGUUGAGUGAAACCAAGAACCCGGUCCGGACGUUGAAGAUCGCCGCCCCGAUGGCUAUCGGAUCUGUCGGUAUCUUCUACAUGCUCUGCAAUAUCGCGUAUUUUGCUGCCGUGCCCAAGGAGCAAUUCUUAUCGUCGGGGCAGACUGUUGCGGCGGCUUUCUUUGGAAACAUGUUCGGUGCUCGCGCUGAGAAGGUCAUGUCUGUGUUCGUCGCACUGUCGGCGUUUGGCAAUGUGCUUUCUGUUAUUUUCUCUCAGGGUCGGAUUGUCCAAGAAUUGGGUCGUGAGGGUGUCCUGCCGUUUUCGAAGAUCUGGGCUAGCAACCGGCCUUUCAACUCGCCUGCUGCCGGUCUUUUCGAGCACUGGGUUGUGUCGAUUAUUAUUCUGUUGGCACCUCCGCCAGGUGAUGCAUACAACUUCUUGGUCAACCUCAUCUCCUACCCCCUCUCCAUCGUCAACGUCUUCGUCUCUGCCGGUCUCAUUUGGAUCUACAUCAACCGGAAAACGCACUUCCCCAACUGGAACCCCGGUAUCCGCGCUACCCUCCCCGUCACCGUCUUCUUCUUCCUCUCCCAGUGCUACCUCGUCGUGGCACCCUACGUGCCGCCCUCGGCCGGCCAGAGCGUCUACAACGACCUCCCCUACUACCUGCACUGCGUGGUCGCGAUCGGUAUUUUUGCCUUCGGCGCGCUGUAUUAUCUGGUGUGGGCGGUCCUGAUGCCCAAAUUUGGGAAAUACAUGUUGGUCAAGGAGACCGUGGUGGAUGCUGAUGGCUGGUCCAGAAGUGUUUUCACGCGGCUGCCGUUGUCGCAGGCGGGUUCUUCGUGACCCUGUUUCUUCUAUUCUUUCGGAUUAUCAUUUUGAGAUAAUAUGGCGUUAUGAGCGAAAAAUAGUACAUAGAGAGCAUAAUUGUAAUUUAAAUGUGGAUAUCAUAUGAGAUGAGAUAAAAUAAUUAUGUCCCAGC